AUGUACGGGGAACAAGUGCGGAUAAUAUUUUUUGUGACGUAUCUUACACAUCUGAUACAUCCUUCGGUAUCGUCCACGACCAGAGAACAUGUAAAGUGCAUGGAAGGAUCUAUGACAGCAGAUCCUGAGGAUUGUGCCGGCUAUUACCAGUGCCUCGACGCGGAAUCCUUGCGCAUGAAGUGUCCCUUUGGCAGUUAUUUUGAGUCCCAAAACGAAGUAUGCGUGGUGGAUGAGCAUGGAGUUUGUCCCACUUCCGAAAGAAGCUGCUUCGAAGGAGAGCUUCAAGAGGAUCCCAGAGACUCGGCAAGCUACCUAAGGUGUCUAGAAGGGAGUCUGGUGAAGGAGAGAUGCCCCUCGGGUAGUUACUUUAAUUCUAUCUCGAAGAGCUGUCGCCUGGAUUGGAUCUUAAAAUUGUUCCCAACUCGAGAAACCUGUGCCGAAGGAGACGUCCAGGUGGACCCCACAAAUUGUGCCGGUUAUCUGGGCUGUCAGGAUGGCCAGCUGGUGUCCAAGACCUGUCCCAGUGGGAGCUACUUCGAGCCAACGCUCAUGACCUGCAUUGUGGAUGUGAAUGGUCUGUGCGUGGAGCCCCCUGCCAGGUGCUCGGAGGGAGAGGUGAAACUAGAUCCCAAUAACUGUGCCGGCUACCUCAAGUGCAUCGAUGGCGAACUGCAGGAGGAGCUGUGCGCCAGUGGCUCCUACUUCCAAGUCGCACUGGAGACUUGUGUCCAGGACUACGAAGGCAUCUGCGUCACCAAUAUAUUGAGUUGCACUGAAGGCGAGAUCGGGUUUGAUCCCGAGGACUGUGCCGGCUACAGAGAGUGUAUUCGAGGUGUGGUGGAGAAUCUCAAGUGUGCUCCCGGCAGAUACUUUAAUGUGACCCAAGCGGAUUGCCUCUUGGAUGUGGAGGAAGUGUGUGUGAAGUCCAGGGAACAAGGAGAAGGAACUGGGGCUCAGAAGAUGUCGGAAGGGGAGGAAUACUAUUUAAAUAAUUAUAUACACAAUUCCAACACUGUAACCGAAACCUCAAAGGUAACCAAGGAGCAAAAUAUUUGUGGAUGCAAAAUGUAGCUGAAGGAGAACCAUUGUCGCCUUCACUUUCACGAUUUCGCAUGAAUAACAAAUAAGCUCUCUCCACACGA